AUGUGCCUCCUGCAACACCCGUGGAAGACCUGCUUCCACUCACAAGUCCAGUGGUGCCAUCAGGCGCUGCUAUGGAGACAGACGAGGCCAGCGAUGUUCGUUGAGGAACGUGCUUCGAAAGUCCCAAGAAUCCGAACUGUUUCUUUUGGCAACAAAGACUACGAUUUGAAUGACGAGCCCUUUGAGUUUGUGGAUGCAGAAUGGUCCGACUUCGAGUUUGUUGAUCCGGACUACGACAAAAGCUCGAGCACCGAACCCGACUUGGCAGUGCAGAACGAGGCGGGGCAGAGCGUUGAUGCCAGUGCUCUUUGGUUUCCAGACAGUGGAUGUGAACCGAGUCUUUCAGAGUCAGAGUUGUUCGAACUUGACAGGAUUGCUGAUGCUGUGGAAGUGAAUAGGCUGAUACAGAAGGGUGUGUUGCGCCCAUCGUCCGAGAAGGACAACGUUUCAUCAAUGAAGAGCCUCUCGACCAAAAUGGUCAGGACUUGGAGGUCAAAGAAGCGGAAUGGGGUGCCUCAUGAUCUUCGACGUUCCAGGCUAGUGGCAAGAGAGUACCGCUGGUUGGAAGAGAAACAGGGGCUAUUUUCUCCAAGUACCACGACAAACAUGGUGAAACUCAUUCCGAUCCUUUUCCUUUUGUGGCGAGAAGAGCCCGUCGUCGCAGAUCUACCCAAAGAUUGCAUGCUUCAAGGACAAUACGUCUUUGAGAAGUGUGUGCCGGGACAGAGAGACGGCGCACAAAGAUGGUUUGGAUACUACGUACAGUUUCUGAGCAGCAAGUUCAAUGCCCUUGAGUCGUGUGUUGAGAAUCCGGCAAUUAUGCGUGUCCCCGAGGGCCCGAUGAUCAUGCAUGUUGACGACGGCCUCACGCUUGCUCCUCUGACGUGGCUCAAACAGAAGUACAUUCCUACGUUGCAAUCACGAUUCGAGAUUUCGGUAGAGAUUGCGUACAAGAAUGGAGAUGUCUUUUCUUUCUUGAAGAGAAAGCACACUAUUUUGGAGUCUGGGAUUUUAGUGGAAACUUCGAGCAGCUAUAUACGACACAUGGCCGAAGUACUUGAUGUCAAGCAUGGAUCGAAGUACAACACACCAUAUUUCCCGGAGCUAAUUCGCGAAGAUGUUUCCGGUCCUCUUGAUCCUGUUCGAGCAGGAAAGUUCAGGAGUGCACUGGGAAUUGCGCUCUAUUUGUCAAGUGAUCGUCUUGACAUCUGCUACUCUGUCCGAUUGUUGGCAGGAUUCAUGGCGAAUCCCAGCGAACAGGCAUGGAAGGGAUUGAUUCGACUGACGAAGUAUUUGCUGAACACGGCUGAGUGUGGCACACUUCUUUCACCCAAGCUUCCUGGGUCUUCAGUCUUUCGCGAGGCGAGCCAUGAUGAUGUGAACCAUCGAAUGGAAAUCUACAGCGACUCUGACUGGAGUGGGCGUCUGCUGUGGCUUCAGCAAUCAGUGCGUGAGAAAGUCUUGGAUGUUGGAGCAAUUGCAAGUGCUUACAACCUUGGCGACUUGUCAACAAAGAUGCAUAGUGCUAACAGACUCCGAGCUUUGCUAUUCUUGCAUGGGUUUGUCGAUGCUCUGACAGGCGCAGCUGUGGGUGAAGAUGAUUUUGCUCGAAUGGCCUUGCAGGAACAAGCAAAGCUGCAAGUCAAGAGAGUGCGUGUUGAAUACGCUCGGCAACAUGGUGUGACUGGUUCCUUGAAGGGUGAACUCGGCAAGCUCACAAAGCAGGUAGCGCUUCUUACUCUUCUUUGUUUGCCUACAACAUCAGAAGCGGCAGAGGCGGGGAUUCCGUACCAGCGUUAUGGCAUGUCGAACAUGACCUGGGCCACCGUCCUGCUAUGCUGCUGUUUGUGCAUUUACCGGGCCUUGAGCUGGGCUAGGGAUCUACAUGGCUUUGACAUGAACAGUCUUUUGGAGAUGAGCUCACAGGACUUUGCGUCAAAAGUGAUCAUGGGUUGCGUUUUCCUAUGUGGACUGAUGCCGGAGUGUACCAUGGAGCAGUACAUGUGUUUCUUUCUGCUUGUGGUGGUGUGGACGAUGCAUCGCUACAUUCUUCGACUGGAAUGCGAGCUGAAGGCGACAUGCACUGAGCCGGUGAGUCGUGAGCCGAUGGGAGCCCGUUCGAGUGUCAAUGUGAAAGUUGUGAUACCCCAAGAGCUCUUUGUCACGCUUCAUGGUGAGUGUUUUCAUCACAAAAGCUGUGGAGUCUUGAAGACUUCCAGAAAUCCCUCAAAGAGGUUGAGCUUGUGCAGUCACUGCAAGGACAUGCUGAAGAAUGCAGAGUAG